AUAAAAAUACGCGCGACGAACAGAGCAGCAGAGCACAAACACCCGCACCGAUCCAAGCCAAGCCAGCCCCCUCGGGGACAGCCCACGCUAGAUCCAACCCCGAGUCCCGACGCCGCGGGCGAGGCCGACCAGAUCCACCUCGCCAGGCGGCGCGGAUGGCGGCAGCAUCGGCGGCGGUGAGGAUGCUCCCCGACGGCGGCGCCGACGACGAGGAGCGGUGGCUCGCCGAGGGCAUCGCCGGCGUCCAGCAGAACGCCUUCUACAUGCACCGCGCCCUCGACUCCAACAACCUCAAGGACGCGCUCAAGUACUCGGCGCAGAUGCUCUCCGAGCUGCGCACCUCGCGACUCUCACCGCACAAGUACUACGAGCUCUACAUGAGGGCGUUUGAUGAGAUGCGGAAGCUGGAGAUGUUCUUCAGGGAGGAGACCCGGCGGGGUAGCUGCUCCGUCGUUGAUCUGUACGAGCUUGUUCAACAUGCUGGCAACGUCUUACCGAGACUCUAUCUCCUGUGCACAGUGGGAUCUGUGUACAUCAAGUCGAAAGAGGCUCCUGCUAAAGAUGUUCUUAAAGACCUCGUUGAAAUGUGUCGGGGCAUUCAACAUCCUCUUCGUGGUCUUUUCCUGAGAAGCUACCUUUCUCAGAUAAGCAGAGACAAAUUGCCAGAUAUUGGUUCCGAGUAUGAAGGGGAUGCUGAAAGCAUUAAUGAUGCAGUUGAAUUUGUUCUUCAGAAUUUCAUAGAAAUGAACAAACUCUGGGUCCGGAUGCAGCAUCAGGGGCCUGUCAGGGAAAAAGAAAAGCGGGGGAAGGAAAGAAAUGAACUGCGUGAUCUGGUAGGCAAAAACCUUCAUGUACUUAGCCAGAUUGAGGGUGUUGACCUUGAUAUGUACAAAGAAACUGUGCUUCCGAGGAUAUUAGAACAGGUGGUCAAUUGUAAGGAUGACCUUGCACAGUUCUACCUGAUGGACUGCAUAAUCCAAGUCUUUCCAGACGAAUAUCAUUUACAGACAUUGGAAACACUAUUGAGUGCAUUUCCCCAGCUACAGCCAAGUGUUGAUAUCAAAACAGUACUGUCGCAACUUAUGGACAGAUUGUCUAACUACGCUGCCUCAAGUCCUGAAGUAUUGCCAGAGUUCUUGCAAGUUGAGGCUUUUGCGAAGUUCAGUAAUGCUAUUGGGAAGGUGAUAGAAGCCCAACCUGACAUGCCGGUUGUUGGAGCAGUAACUCUAUAUGUGUCGCUUCUGACAUUUACUCUCCGUGUACAUCCGGAUCGGCUUGAUUAUGUUGACCAAGUGCUGGGUGCAUGCGUCAAGAAACUUUCAGGCAAGGCAAAACUUGAAGAUAGCAGGGCAACAAAGCAAAUUAUUGCACUUCUUAGUGCUCCCCUGGAAAAAUAUAGCAACAUUGUUACUGCAUUGGAACUUUCAAACUAUCCUCGAGUUAUGGAUUAUCUCGAUAAUGCUACAACCAAAGUGAUGGCUGUGGUAAUAAUUCAGAGCAUAAUGAAGAACACAACUUGCAUAUCUACUUCUGACAAGAUCGAGGCACUGUUCGAUUUAAUUAAGGGGCUUAUAAAAGAUAUGGAUGGGGCUCAAGAUGAUGAGCUUGAUGAAGAGGACUUUAAAGAGGAACAGAAUUCCGUAGCACGCCUUAUUCACAUGUUGCACAAUGAUGAUCAUGAGGAGAUGCUGAAGAUCUUAUGUACCGUUCAGAAGCAUAUACUUCUCGGAGGACCCAAGCGGCUAACUUUCACUGUACCUUCAUUAGUAUUCUCCGCUCUCAAGUUGGUUAGGCGAUUACAAGGUCAAGAUGGAGAUGUCACUGGGGAGGACGUGCCUGCAACUCCAAAAAAAAUCUUCCAGAUCUUGCAUCAGACUAUUGAAGCGCUUUCAUGUGUUCCUUCUCCCGAGUUAGCUCUGAGACUGUAUUUGCAGUGCGCAGAGGCUGCCAAUGACUGUGAUUUGGAACCAGUUGCUUAUGAAUUCUUUACACAAGCAUUCAUUUUAUAUGAAGAAGAAAUUGCGGAUUCAAAGGCUCAAAUAACAGCAAUUCACCUAAUCAUUGGAACCCUUCAGCGAAUGAAUAUAUUCGGGGUGGAAAACAGAGACACCCUCACCCAUAAGACAACAGGGUACUCAGCAAAACUUCUCAAGAAGCCUGAUCAAUGCCGAGCAGUCUAUGCGUGUUCGCAUCUUUUCUGGACUGAUGACCAAGAUGGAAUAAUGGAUGGUGAAAGGGUCCUCCUUUGUUUAAAGCGUGCCUUGAGAAUCGCAAAUGCUGCGCAACAGAUGGCUAAUGCAACAAGGGGAAGCAGUGGAUCUGUGACUCUAUUUAUCGAAAUUUUGAACAAGUACUUGUACUUCUUUGAGAAAGGAAUCCCACAGAUCACAAAUACUGUGAUUCAAGAUUUGAUCGAAUUGAUUAGGACUGAGCAGCAAAGUGACAACGCUGUAGCUGAUCCAUCUACGGAGGCCUUCUUUUCUAGCACUUUACGGUACAUUGAAUUUCAAAAGCAGAAAGGUGGAAACAUAGGUGAAAAAUAUGAACAAAUAAAGACAAGCUCAUGAGUCAGAACAAGCACGGCACCAUGACAGGUUUCGAUUUUGUCGAGAGAAUUGAGUCUCUUUUUUUUGGCAUGGUUCAGUGAAGUAGGAACCAUCGGUUUCAGCUGCUUUGGACCAAAAGAUGUUUAUACGAGCUGUUAUUUGCAAGUCUCACGGUCCGAGUGGGUCUGCUCAUCCAUUGGCAACACUGUCGGGUUUAGUCAGGUGGCAAUAAGCUCGUGCUUUGGGGAGCACAGGUCUGUACAGGAUAACUCAUGUUUAUGGUCCGGUUCUACUUCGACAAGUGUGUCGUAUAUUUCCCCACCUUCUGCAAAGCGUAUUGAUUUUAGGUUCCUGUAACAUUCGAGGACAACUCUUUUCUGACUGGACUAUUGAUUGGUUAAUAGCGAUCAGUUGCGAGCAACUUGAACAUGUUGGAUGCCCGUUCGUUGGCAUAUAUUGUUACAAAUCAAUUGGCCACGUGCGCCCGACAUCACUGGGCGAUGGCACUUGGGGAGAACAAACUUGACUAGUUGACUGUAAGUAGACGAGCAAUGCGUUGGUGGCUUGAACUUUUAUCUACUCCAAGUAGUUUUGUUUUUUUAAAUACAUACUAUUUUCUAUGUAUCUAGAUCCAUGUUAUGUAAAUCUAGAUAUAUGUUAUGUAAAUUAUGUAUCUAGAAAAGUUAAAACAACUUAUAAUUUGAAAUGGAGGGAGUAUUUGUGUAA